AUGCCGCGUCUCCUCGUCGUCCUCGCCCUUCUCCUCUCCAUCGCCGUCUCGACCUAUUCCGCCUACGCCCUCGAGCCGCGAGUCGCCGGAUCCUUUGUCGACGGUCCCGCCAGUGGAGCCGACGGUCCGAUGAGUGCUCGCGCGCAGGAACUCGAGUUUUUCAAGUGAGUUGUAGGGGGUGGAUCCAUAAGGAACCCGGUCCCCGCUGGAUCUUGCUGGUUUGAAGUGUUUUCUGCUGUUUUGCUAGUGACACUUGAGACCGCACAAAAUCGAAUUCCAACCAUCCGGGACCACCGUUUUUCUCGUUUUCAGGCGGUUCCUGCCGGCCAAGGAACGUCGUGCGCCGCUCGAGGGAUUCGAGGACAUGUCCGGCUUUUUGCGCACCAUCGACGGCAUUCAGAAGCCACGUUUCGGUUGA